CGACAGCACAGUGCGAUUGCCAUUGCUCUUAUUGCCAGUCAGUUACAUCGGAAAUGUUUCACUCUGUUAUGGUCGCGAAUCUCUGCUCCUAAUCAUUCUAACGAGAAUAUAGCUCUCUGGGCGUAUUGCGUGAAACAGUGAAUACAUCGUGCAUGUAAACUCGUCUAAUUCAUGGCUGAGGACCUCGCUAAAAGGCAUCGUCAACAAUGGCUGGACAUGGACUCCAUGCUGCCCAAAGACCGUAGCAUCAGACUUCGAGUCAUGCCGGAGCAGAGUAACGACUACCGGGUUGUGGUCUUCGGAGCGGGAGGCGUAGGCAAGAGCUCCCUGGUUUUACGAUUCGUACGUGGAACGUUCCGGGAAAGCUACAUCCCAACUAUCGAGGAUACCUACCGACAAGUGAUCAGCUGUAACAAAAACGUAUGCACGUUGCAAAUCACUGAUACUACGGGGUCUCAUCAAUUCCCUGCCAUGCAGAGACUGUCGAUUUCUAAAGGGCACGCAUUCAUUCUGGUAUACUCAAUCACGAGUAGGCAGUCGCUGGAAGAGCUGAAACCAAUUUUCGACGUUAUCUGUGAGAUUAAAGGAGACAUUGAUGGCAUUCCGAUAAUGCUGGUUGGUAAUAAAUGCGACGAGUCGUGUCGGGAGGUGUCAACGAGAGACGGCGCGGAAGUAGCUAAGCGGUGGGGUUGUGCAUUUCUGGAGACGUCGGCCAAGACCAAUUACAAUGUCAAAGAACUGUUCCAAGAGUUGUUACAGCUGGAAAAGCGAAGGACAAUGAGUUUACAGUUGGAGAGCAAAAAAUCGAAGUCACAGAAGAGGAGAGAGAAAUUAAAGGGCAAGUGCGUCGUCAUGUGAGCAAGGACGCGGAUUUUUAUAAUUGUCGUGGAAGUAUUAACAGUUGAACUAAACUCGUACUUGAGGUUGAUCUUACAAUUGGUUUGAUAUGCGAUACCAGCGCUGGACCAUAGUAAAAUACAGUUUUGCAUUGUGCAGAGCCAAGCAAAACAGGAAAUUUAGUGUUUUCCGGAUGCAGGCUAUUCGGAUAUGAUAACAUGUACAUAGUGCCUAUUUACUUACGAACAUUUUUAGACAUUUUUACAGAAUGUUUACCAUUUGUACCAUCACUAAAUGUUAUCUGGUAGCCAGAGAUAAAAAAAAAUCUGACCGACUAAAAUUGUCGCAUAAAUCCGACAAUCUACAUUAUAUGUAUAAGUUUUAUUAUCCUUUUCGUUGGCAGUUUGAGACGCGAACCUUAGUUUGGGUUGAUAUUUGCUUUUUAUGCAAAUGUAGAAAUAAUAGUAUGCAAGAGUGCGAGAUUAGGAUACAUACAUUUGUAUACAUAGACGUACAACGUGAAUGCAGGCAUUGCAAUGAACGACUGACCCUAAAUGGGAAAGGAACACUCGGCGGGAUAAUUUCGGGCGCAAGAUGAACUAUAUAAGUGCCUUUUGAUGGUUCACUGUGUUUUUACCGGAGACAAUUUAAAUCGAUGCGAGUCAUGCGUGUGACCUUACAAAUGCUGAAUUAUGCAAAAAGUCAUUUUAUUGAAGCAUUACGUCAUAGUUGCUAUGUCCACAGACGUAUAUUAUUUAUUAAUCGUUUUACCCAUGGUGCAUUGCAUUUCCAGGUCAACGAAAACGACGAUGUAAUGAAUUAUAAACAAAAUAUUCUUUGGAUUCAAAUUAUUAUUUGAUCAGAGACAGCUGAGACAUUAAAGUCAGCGCUGUACACUCGCCUCGAUUUUUCUCAAUGUUAUUCAGAAAUGAUUAUUUUAAUUAUUGGGUCAUGUUAUUGAGUUUCUAAUCAAGCAAAAACUACUACUUUUUACGAUGAAUUAUUUACACUAAUGUUGUCAGCAAGUAAUAUGUUAAGGAUAUCAAUUAUAUAAAGGUAUCGACACA